AUGCCAGCUUCAAACCAGUCCGUCCCAACCUACACUCUGGGAGAGGGCUGUCCCAUUGCCGAUCCAUCGACUCAGCAGCGUUUCGGCAACGAAGUCCCUAUUCGCGGCCUCAUGCUGUUGCAGGACACACAGCUCAUUGAGACGUUGGCGCACUUCUCACGCGAGCGUAUCCCUGAGCGCACGGUUCAUGCCGCAGCUGUAGGCGCUUGGGGGGAGCUUGAGGUCACUCACGACAACUCGUGGCUCACCUCGGCCAAGUAUCUGAACGGUAUUGGCAAGAAGAGCAAGGUCCUCUGGCGCCUGUCGACUGUGGGACCGGAACGUGGAUCUGCAGACACUGUCCGCGAUGUUCGCGGCUGGGGUAUGAAAGUAUUCACUGAGGAGGGCAACCAGGACUUUGUGUUCAACGACAUUCCUGUGUUUUUUAUCCGCGACCCGAUCAAGUUUCCUUCCGUCAACCGUUCGCACAAACGCCUCCCGGACAGGAAUGUGCCUAGCUCGUCCAUGUUCUGGGAUUUCCACACCCAGAACCAGGAAGGUAUCCACGCUUUGAUGAUAUUGUUCUCGGAGCGUGGCAUUCCCAACUCGGUCCGUGAGCUCAACGGUUACUCGGGAAGCACCUACAAGUUUACCAAGGACGAUGGCACCUUCAACUAUGUCAAGAUCCACUUCAAGUCCAACCAGGGUGUCAAAGGUAUGGACCGCCAGCGUGCCGCCAAACUGGCCGGGGAGGACCCCAACUACCAUUCCAACGACCUCUGGAAUGCCAUCGACAGCGGUGACUUCCCGUCAUGGACCAUGUGCGUCCAGGUCAUGAGCCCCGAGCAGGCUCAGACAUACCGUUGGAACAUUUUCGACAUGACAAAGGUGUGGCCCCACGACGAUUUCCCGUUGCAGCCCAUUGCCAAGUUUACGCUCAACAAGAACCCGGACAACUACUUCUCGGACAUUGAGCAGGCUGCAUUCUCCCCUUCGACCAUGGUUCCGGGCUUUGCCCCCUCGCUUGACCCCAUGCUCCAAGCCCGCAUGUUUGCUUACCCGGACGCUGCGCGCUACAGGUUGGGAGUCAACUACCAACAGCUCCCUUGCAACCGCCCCGUUGCUCCCGUCUACUCGCCUUACGAGCGUGAUGGUGCUAUGCGGCACGCCACCAACUACGGUGGCGAUCCCAACUAUAUCCGCUCAACCCUCAAGGAAGUCAAUUUCGCCGGCAAACUCGGCUCUCAAGGCUUCUCCACGGGCUGCGACCAUGACAACUGGGCUGGGCAGACCGCUGCGUUCACCUCCGAGGUCACGGACGACGACUUUGUCCAGGCAACCAUGUUUUGGGAGAUGCUUGGCAAGCAGCCGGGGCAGCAGGAGGCACUUGUAGGCAACCUUGUCGCUGACAUUGGCGGUGCCAUUCCGCGCAUUCAAGCCGCUACCGUCGACAUGUUUGCCAGGGUCCACAAGGACUUGGGCAAGGCGCUCCGCGAUGGUCUCGCCAAGAACACAAAGUAG